GGAGAAGAGGUGAUAAUACGACGAGGCGUUGCUGGUGCUGAUCAGCAGGCUACUCAACCCCCUCCAGUCAUUCGACUGCAAGUACCAUCGCUGUCUGAAUCCAGUCAGCCUUGUCCAUAUGAUCCGAGUGAAUACCAUUCCUUCCCCAGUGUGGAACGUGGGCGCUGCGAUUUCUGCGGCAUGCGACCACCGAAGUCGCCCUCUAGCGAACCAUGCAAUGAAUGCCGGUCCCAAAGCGCACUUUCCCACAUGAAAGCUGCCUUCAGACGGAAGCCGGGCCUCAGGGUUAAGGAGGCAACAGAAUACCGAAGCCCUUCUUAUACACAGCACAGUCCCUCAUCCGAAGAAUGUCCGCGUAUCGUCCCUCCCGAAAUCGCAGCGAAAAGGAUAGGCAACCCACCACGGAGAGCAGCACUUCCUGUGCCGCGACCUGGUGCUAUCAACCCAGCGCUACAGCAGAGAAGUACUACCAGGAGUGUAGAUAGUCCCUGGCGAUCAAAAAGCGCUCUUGAGCGUAACGAAGACUACCCUUACGUUCGCGAAAGUGAAGUAUCGCAGCACUUGGAUGCCAUACGUGCUGGAGCCCCAAGUCCGCUGGUCGAUUUUGCCCGCGCUGCCCGUCGCAAGAAAACUUUGGAUCCGAUUACAGACUUUUCCGAGACGGUCUUCUAUGGCCAGAAAUUUUCUGCGGCAUUCACUAACAGUGCAGAGCAACGCCAGUUGUCGCAACCCAGUUGUAGCAACCUAGUCGUCGAGGGCUAUCUAGAAACUGGUGGACAUGUCGUUGUUGAACGACCGCGCCCUGAGCAGCAGGCUAGUAUCGAUGCACAAUUGUACCAUAGUAGUGUCCAUCCAAGACUCUCCCCACAGCAAUCACAUCGACAAUCGCGGGCUUCAAGGCGGUCAGCUGAUAGUCGCCAUCGCACGAGACGUAGAGGUUCUGAAGAAGAGUUAAAAACAAACGACCAACUACCAGACUUCGAAGAGGGGUCCGCUUAUGAUGAAAUGCCUAGAUUGCGAGGUGGCGGUGGAGGAGACGGAAACGUUCAUACUAGUGGCUGUGGUCUAAUGAUGAAGCAACUGCUACUUACCUGUCACAGACCUGGUCAUGGCUACGACACCGACUCAGGUAGCGACGAAAAUCUGCCACCGGCGAGAACCCAUAAUAUCGCCGAAGUUGCGCAGGCUUUGAGGAGGGCACAUGGUACAUCUCGCCUUCCAAGAGGUAUCUCUAGGGGUUAUGGAAGCCAAGAGACACCACGAACGGGCAGAUCCGCAUCUGGCGGCGGAGAUGCUACCAAUUUACCAACCUCGCGUACAGCAAGUUUUGCGGCUAGAUACCCGCAGCCACGCUCGGUCUUCUCUUAUAUGUCACUGUUCCGUCUUGCCUCGGUCUUUGCUCGUCCCGCAAAUCCUUCUGUCGAUGCUCCCGCCGUCGCUGCGAAUGAUGCAACACUAACAGCCACACUCCGUCCGGCUGUCAGCCUUAGAGGGGGCGCCGGUUCGCCCUCUGCUCUACGAGACCAUGAGCGUGUUCCGCCUACGCUCUUCUGGCUCGCAGGUGGGAAGGGUAAACCGAUCACAACUGCUAGCUGGAAGAGUCAGAAGCCCAAAAGGAGAAUGGGCGGGGUGUUCGGAAUGGCUCUCCACGGGCUAGACGCAGGCACCGAGUAUGGAUCAAGGAAAUAUAAAGGGGAUGACGGUAGCAGUUCUGAGCUUCCGCGACAUGUUGCAGUCGCAGUUGAAGUAAGCAAGCCUGCCACGAAAGAGAAGGCAGAGAGCGUGAAGUCAGGCAUGACAUACUCUUCUAGAUUAUCCUCUUCAUCAAGGAGUAGUACCAAGAGCAACAGUAGUCGUUCCUCGAACUCGCACGGAUCUGCUGCCGCCGUUGGCGAGGUACGAAGAGAGGUCCCCUUAGACCCGGUACCUGAAGAAGCGGCUGCACCAGCGAUAGAUCCUCCCCCAGCUGACCCUGCAGCCGCAGAGGGUACACCAGUACAGGUCUCGGGGGAAGAAGCUCCUCCCGCCGAUGAUGCGCAACGAGGGCUUGUGGAUGAUGGUGCUCAUGGUGCUGCACCCGCUCCGAAUGAAGUUGAGCACGAGCACGUGGGGCAGGCGGCAGUAGAAGGAGAUGGCAGGGCUCAUAGGUGAACUCAAGGAGUGCUAAAGAUAUAAGGAACUGGGGUGAUGGGUACCGUGUCGUGGUGUUGCCGUGCUAAUAUCGGGCGUUUCUUCAUGUUUGCAGUACUGCUUCCGACUGCACUUAUGCUUUUCAAUGCUACC